AUGAAGGUUGCAGUCGGCACUGGACCGAGCUCUAGCUCGACGUCUGGGCUUUCGUUAAAGCGCGCCUCUUCUGGAGUAGAAGAUGCAUCAGUGAAAUCAUCGCGAGUAGUAUUAUCAGGGACUACACCAACAACUGCAGCAAAAUCAGGACCAGCAGCAGUGUUGCCUGCAACCGCAGCAGAACAAGUGCCUGCACCUACAGCUGGUCCGCCUACACCUACCGAAGAAGGAGUAUCGGCGACAACAGCAGCACCACCGACGACAGCAGUACCUGCGACCACUACAGGAGUGUCGGCAACGACAGGAGUAUCCGCGACCACUACAGUCGUAUUGGCGGCCACUACAGCAGUAGAAAUACCCGCGAUCACAGCAAAGUCUCCCGUCACUGCAACAGUACCCACUACUACGAAACCAGUAUCGCCACUAAAAUCAACAUCACCAACAAGCGCUGCAGGAAAAGGAGUCGGCAAUUAUAGCAUCCACGCUACCGCUACGGAAAGAAGUACUAGUAGCACGGCACCAGCGACGUCUUUAGCGAGUAACACUUCAGCAAGUACUAGCACUUCAGCGGAUACUAACGCUUCAGCGGAUACUAACGCUUCAGCGAAAACUAGCACUGCAGCAAAUGUCAACACUUCAGAAGCUGCUAGUGCUCUCAACAAAAAAGAAGCUACAGCUUCCACAUCUUCGUCUUCCUCUUCCCGCACAAAAGAUGUAGAACCGAGAAAAGAAAACCAGGCCACGAAUGUUUGGGAACGUGAGAGUGCGCGACUACUCCGCUAUCUCGACCGGGACUAUCCAUGUGAGACUGCUGAGGGGCUGCGAAAC